GGGAUAAAUAAUAGCUACCACUGGGCCUUUAUGAGUGAUAGGCAGAAAGGAAAGGAACAACAUGGCACAGGACAACCAAAAGACAAGCCCAAUGGCCAAGCUAAUAAUGGUGAUGGCAAUACCUCAUUGCAAGCAUUUGAUCCUCCUAUUAUUGAUAAUGAUUCUACACAAGCUAAUAUUCUAGGCGAAGCCAACAACAAAGAGGGAAAUUCAAUGCUUGAGCUUCCUACCUUAGAACCCAUAUCACAGGUAAUCAAUAUUCUUGAUCAAAAACUUCAUAAACCCCCAGACAAAAAUGAAGCUAGGGUGGGCAGGAAAAAAAUGAGCACAUUGGGAGGAAAAAACCACAUCAAGUGCAGAACUGAUAUUGAAGAACCCUCAGUCACAACUAGAACUACCCUCAAUGAGCUUCCACAGGAACUAUGUCCUGUAAAGAAGAAAACUCCAUCAAAGAAGUCCCUUGGGGUCUCAAGAAAUUCUGUAUUGAGGCCCGAAGUAAAGGACAUGGAUGUUGGAGAUAGCAAAAAAGAUGGAGCUACAACAAAGAAAUGAAAAGUAUGGGUUCCACCGGGACUUAGUGGUGUUGCUAAUGGUUCUGUUGUUACAAAAAAUGGGAGGAAUGCUUAAGAAGACUGGUGAAGCAUUUUGUAUUUUGUGUUUUUUUUUUUUGGAUGAUGUAUGCAAUUUUUUGAGAAAAA